CGGGGAGUGGGCCAGUAGCCACGGCGAAAGUGCCGGUAUAUAUGCCAGUGAUUGGCGCGAUGUAACUUCAGUGUGCACCUUCGAACGAUACCAUGAGCACUCCACAGAAGCUUAUAUUACUCGCCUUGGUGGCGACAGCCCUGGCCGGGGAUGCUAAGGAGUCGAGCACGAAACCCGCCAUUGAGACGAAAGAAAAGAGCAAACGAGGACUAGAACUGAGUCUUGGAGGCGGCGGUGGCCUAGGAAGUUACGGAGGCCUGGGAGGUCAUGGAGGUUUGAGUCUCGGCGGAGGCCUGGGAGGCCACGGAGGUUUGAGUCUCGGUGGAGGCCUUGGUGGAGGUCUCGGCGGAGGUCUAGGUGGAGGAUUGGGAGGAGGAGGAGGAGGAGGAGGAGGUGGCGGUGACGGAGCUCGUAUAACUGGUAUCACGAUUCACCGAGAGAAUCAAGUUCGUGUACCACAACCGUACCCAGUCGAAAGGAACGUAGCUGUACCAUACCCGGUCCCAGUUAAGAUUCCCGUGGAAAACCCAAUCCCUGUGCACGUACCGAAACCUUACCCAGUUCCAGUAGAGAAAGCAGUACCGGUGCCAGUGGAGAAACCGGUCCCAGUGCCGUAUUCCGUGCCCGUCAAAGUGCCCGUCAAGGUGCCUUUCCCGGUUAGCGUGCCAGUAAAGGUUCCGGUCGCGAUCGAAAAGGAGGUUCCUUACCCAGUCAAGGUUCCUGUCGUCGUUAAGGAGUCCUACCCAGUUUUGGUUAGCGGUGGCGGUGGCGGUGGCGGCGGCGGUUUUGGAGGUGGAUUUGGAGGUGGAUACGGAGGUGGACACGGAGGUGGAUUCGGAGGAGGUGGUUUUGGAGGACACGAACUGUCUCUCGGCUUACAUCAUUAG